GGGCGGAGCUUCAGGGCUCAUGUGGAGGUGGUGAGAAAGCGGACAAGUGCGGACAAAAUCCAACUGGCAGCUAGACGCCGCGAUUUUCAAUUGGGGGACUUUCGCAUAUCAUGGAAUUAUACGAGGAAUCCCAGCUGGAGCAGUUUUGCCGCUGAGCACAUCGCCACUGUUUUAUUCCCGACACGGUCUCCUUCUGAAGAAGGCACACCGCGAAGUGGAGCAAAAUGUCGGACAAAAUGUCCAGUUUCCUCCACAUCGGGGACAUCUGCUCCCUGUAUGCGGAGGGGUCCACCAAUGGAUUUAUCAGCACUUUAGGUCUGGUGGAUGACCGCUGUGUGGUGCAACCAGAAUCUGGGGACCUAAACAACCCUCCUAAGAAGUUUCGAGACUGUCUGUUCAAGUUGUGUCCAAUGAACAGGUACUCAGCACAGAAACAGUUCUGGAAAGCAGCAAAACCUGGUGGAAACAGCACCACAGACACUGUACUACUCAACAAACUACACCAUGCUGCUGAUCUAGAGAAGAAACAGAAUGAAUCAGAAAACCGGAAGCUGCUGGGAACGGUGAUACAGUACGGAAACGUUAUUCAGCUGUUGCAUUUAAAAAGCAAUAAGUACCUUACUGUGAAUAAACGACUGCCUGCUUUGCUGGAGAAGAACGCCAUGCGUGUGACGCUGGACUCAGCUGGAAACGAGGGCUCCUGGUUCUACAUACAGCCCUUUUACAAACUCCGCUCCAUAGGAGACAGUGUUGUGAUUGGGGAUAAAGUGGUCUUGAAUCCAGUAAACGCAGGACAGCCUCUGCACGCCAGCAGCCAUCAGUUGGUGGACAAUCCUGGCUGCAACGAGGUGAACUCAGUGAACUGCAACACUAGCUGGAAGAUUGUUUUAUUUAUGAAAUGGAGUGACAACAAGGAAAUCAUUCUUAAAGGGGGUGACGUGGUUCGGCUGUUCCAUGCCGAGCAGGAGAAGUUUCUCACUUGCGAUGAACACAGGAAGAAGCAACAUGUGUUCUUGCGAACCACUGGCCGCCAGUCCGCCACCUCUGCCACCAGCAGCAAAGCAUUGUGGGAAGUGGAGGUGGUUCAGCAUGACCCGUGUCGUGGUGGCGCUGGCUACUGGAAUAGUCUUUUCAGGUUUAAACACUUGGCCACAGGAAGCUACCUGGCAGCAGAGGUGAGUGAGGUGUGUUCUACUAGCUCGGGAUCCUCUCUCAGCUGUUCCCAGAUCAGCACUAACAUCUCUCGCUGGGUUAAUCCUGACUAUGAGGAAGAGUCACAGGAAUCACGUUCAUCUGUGGCGGAUUUUUCACCCUUUAACUUCCAGCUGGACUCAGAACAUGACGCUCUGCGAGCACGUCUGCGCACGCCCAAUGAGAAGGUCAUGUACACCCUCGUGUCCGUCCCUGAUGGCAAUGACAUCUCCUCCAUAUUUGAGCUAGAUCCGACCACCCUCAGAGGAGGAGACUCCCUCGUACCAAGGAACUCUUAUGUAAGACUGAGGCACCUGUGCACCAACACAUGGGUCCACAGCACCAAUAACCCCAUCGACAAAGAGGAGGAGAAGCCGGUUAUGUUACGGAUUGGCACAUCGCCUGUCAAAGAAGAUAAAGAGGCCUUCGCCAUUGUGCCAGUCCCUCCAGCUGAGGUGAGGGACCUAGACUUUGCCAAUGAUGCCAGUAAAGUGUUGGCAUCCAUCGCUGGCAAACUGGAGAAGGGCACAAUCACCCAGAAUGAAAGAAGGUUUGUCACUAAGCUUCUAGAAGACCUUGUGUUUUUUGUGGUGGACAUUCCUAACAAUGGACAGGAUGUGUUGGAGAUCAUGGUCAAUAAACCCAACCGUGAACGGCAGAAACUCAUGAGAGAGCAGAAUAUCUUGAAACAAAUCUUCAAGCUGCUUCAGGCCCCAUUCACAGACAGCGGUGAUGGUCCCAUGUUGCGUCUGGAGGAGUUGAGUGACCAGAGACACGCCCCCUUCAGGCACAUCUGCAGGCUGUGCUACCGUGUGCUGCGACAUUCACAGCAGGACUACAGGAAGAACCAGGAAUACAUCGCCAAGCAGUUCCGCUUCAUGCAGAAACAGAUCGGCUACGACGUGUUGGCUGAGGAUACGAUAACGGCCCUCCUCCACAACAACCGCAAACUCUUGGAGAAGCACAUCACGGCAGCAGAAAUUGACACAUUUGUCAGCCUUGUGAGGAAAAAUCGUGAACCAAGGUUUCUGGACUACCUGUCCGAUCUGUGUGUGUCCAUGAACAAGUCCAUCCCAGUAACUCAGGAGCUGAUCUGCAACGCCGUGCUGAACCCUGCCAAUGCUGACAUCCUUAUUGAGACCAAGCUGGUGCUGUCACGGUUUGAGGUCGAGUCUGGAGAGGGUCCCGUGGAGUCAGAGGAGGAUGAGGAGGAAGUGUGGUUGUUUUGGAAGGACAGCGGUAAGGAGAUCAAGAGUAAGAGUGUCAGAGAGCUGGCUCAGGAUGCCAAAGAAGGACAGAAAGAGGACCAGGAGGUCAUUAGCUACUACAGAUACCAACUGAACCUGUUUGCACGGAUGUGUUUGGACCGCCAGUACUUGGCCAUUGAGAAAAUAUCAGGUCAGCUGGAUGUGGACCUGAUACUGCGCUGCAUGUCAGAUGAAGACCUGCCCUAUGACCUCCGUGCCUCGUUCUGCCGAUUGAUGCUUCACAUGCACGUGGACCGUGACCCUCAGGAACAGGUCAUGCCUGUGAAAUAUGCCAGGCUGUGGUCCGAGAUCCCGUCCAAAAUCGCUAUCGAUGAUUAUGAUAACGAUGGAACCAGCAGAGACGAGAUAAAGGAACGCUUUUCUCUCACGAUGGAUUUUGUGGAGAACUAUCUCAGAGAUGUGGUCUGUCAAAACAUUCCUUUCUCUGAUAAAGAGAAAAACAAACUCACUUUUGAGGUUGUGAAUUUAGCAAGAAACCUCAUUUACUUUGGAUUUUACAACUUCAGCGACUUGUUGCGUUUGACCAAGAUCCUGUUGGCCAUUUUGGACUGCGUUCACGUCAGCACUAUCUAUCCCAUCAACAAAAUGGAAAAAGGAGACGAGUCCAAAAGUAGCAAUGUUAUGAAAUCCAUACAUGGCGUUGGGGAGCUGAUGACGCAGGUGGUUCUAAGAGGGGGUGGAUUCUUACCAACAACCCCCACAACACCCCCAGACGGUGACGUGGUUAAGGCCCAGACAGAACCAGAGAAAGAAGACAUUCUGGUGAUGGACACCAAACUAAAGAUCAUAGAGAUCCUGCAGUUUAUUCUGAAUGUACGACUGGACUACAGGAUCUCCUGCUUGUUGUGCAUCUUCAAAAGAGAGUUUGACGAGAGCAACAUGCAAACGGAUGCAACGCCAGCUGCAAAUGCCGAUGGGCCCAACAGUAUCCCAGCUCUGGACUUUGAGAACAUUGAAGAGCAAGCUGAAGGAAUCUUUGGUGGAAGUGAGGAGAACACACCUCUGGAUCUUGAUGACCAUGGUGGCAGAACAUUUUUGAGGGUUCUGCUGCACCUUACCAUGCAUGACUAUCCACCGCUUGUGUCUGGAGCGCUACAUCUGCUCUUCAGGCACUUCAGUCAGAGACAAGAAGUGCUCAUGGCUUUCAAACAGGUUCAGCUUCUAGUGACCAGUCAGGACGUAGACAACUACAAGCAGAUCAAAUCGGACCUUGACCAGCUGCGAUCUAAUGUGGAAAAAUCUGAGCUCUGGGUUUACAAGCGUCAGGGUGAUGAAGGCAUGGAUGCAGGGGACGGACUCCCGGCAGAGUCUGACCACAAAAAGAAGAGGGACUCGGGUUCAGACAAAAAAAAGACAGAAGGAAAUGGCAGUGACAAUUACAGAGACGUCAAGGAGAUCCUCCUGCGUCUUAGCAAGCUGUGUGUGCAGGAAGGACCGUCAGGGAAGAAGAGUAAGAAACAGCAGCAGAGGCUGUUGAGGAACAUGGGAGCUCAUUCAGUGGUGCUUGAGCUGCUGCAGAUCCCUUAUGAGAAGGGUGAGGACGUCCGAAUGCAAGAGAUCAUGAAACUGGCUCACGAGUUUCUUCAGAACUUUUGCGCAGGCAACCAGCAGAACCAGGCCCUGCUCCACAAACACAUCAACCUUUUCCUCAAUCCUGGGAUCUUGGAGGCCAUCACGAUGCAGCACAUAUUCAUGAACAACUUUCAGCUGUGCAGUGAGAUGAACGAGCGGGUCGUGCAGCACUUCGUCCACUGCAUAGAGACCCACGGCAGGCACGUGCAGUACCUGAAGUUCCUGCAGACCAUCGUCAAGGCAGAGAACAAGUUUAUCAAGAAAUGCCAGGAUAUCGUAAUGGCUGAGUUGGUGAACUCUGGGGAGGAUGUUUUGGUCUUUUAUAAUGACCGGGCCUCCUUCCAGACCCUGGUCCAGAUGAUGCGUUCAGAGCGCGACCGGAUGGAUGAAAAUAGCCCCCUCAUGUACCACAUCCAUCUGGUGGAGCUGCUGGCCGUCUGCACGGAGGGCAAAAACGUCUACACUGAGAUCAAAUGCAACUCCUUGCUGCCGUUGGAUGAUAUUGUCCGUGUGGUCACGCACAAAGACUGCAUUCCUGAGGUUAAAAUUGCUUAUAUCAACUUCCUGAACCAUUGCUACGUGGACACAGAGGUCGAAAUGAAGGAGAUCUACACCAGCAACCAUAUGUGGAAGCUCUUUGAGAACUUUCUGGUUGACAUAUGCAGGGUCUGCAACAAUACAAGCGACCGCAAACACGCUGACACGACGUUAGAAAGCUACGUGACCGAAACCGUAAUGAGUAUUGUGACGACAUUUUUCAGCUCUCCUUUCUCCGACCAGAGCACUAGUUUACAGACCCGGCAGCCUGUGUUUGUGCAGCUCCUGCAGGGGGUUUUCAGAGUUUACCACUGUAACUGGCUCGUUCCCGCUCAGAAAGCCUCAGUGGAGAGCUGCAUUAAGGUUCUGUCUGAUGUGGCCAAGAGCAGAGCGAUCGCCAUCCCGGUGGAUUUGGACAGCCAGGUGAAUAACCUGUUUGUGAAGUCCAACAAUGUGGUACAGAAGACCCUCCUCAAUUGGAGGAUGUCCGCUCGCAACGCAUCCAGAAGGGACUCGACGCUCACGACUUCCAAAGAUUACAGGAACAUCAUUGAGAGGCUGCAGGACAUAGUGUCUGCUCUGGAGGAUCGUCUGCGGCCUCUGGUUCAAGCUGAGCUCUCAGUGUUGGUGGACGUACUACACCGCCCGGAGCUGCUCUUUCCUGAGAACACAGAUGCCCGACGGAAGUGCGAGAGCGGAGGCUUCAUCUCAAAAUUAAUAAAACACACUAAACAACUUUUAGAGGAGAACGAGGAACGUUUGUGUAUAAAAGUUUUGCAGACGCUUCGAGAAAUGAUGACGAAAGACCGUGGCUAUGGGGAGAAGCUAAUUGCCUUUGAUGAUGAGCUGGAUGUGGCUGAGCUUGCACCCCCACCAGAACCAGAGGUCCUAGCAGAGGAGUUUGAUCCAAACCAGCCACAGAAGCAACUGGAGGAUCAGAGAAGGAGUGAAGCUUUGAGGCAAGUCCUGGUAAACCGUUACUAUGGCAACUUCAAGCCGGGAGGCAGGCGAGACAGUUUGACCAAUUUCAGCAACGGGCCGCUCACCCCUGUGGGACAGACUAAGACUCCUGCAGUGGUUGGUGGGGGUUCAGCAGGCGGUCGAGGGGAGAUAAGCCUGGCGGAGGUUCAGUGUCAUCUGGAUAGGGAGGGUGCGUCUGACCUGGUCAUUGACCUCAUCAUGAACGCCACAAGUGACCGAAUCUUCCAGGAAAGUAUCCUGCUGGCCAUCGCUCUGCUGGAGGGAGGAAACCCUGUCAUACAGCGGUCGUUUUUCUGCCGUCUGACAGGUGACAAUAAGUCAGAGAAGUUCUUUAAAGUGUUUUACGAGCGGAUGAAGCUGGCCCAGCAAGAGAUUAAGGCAACUGUGACGGUGAACACCAGCGAUCUGGGCAGCAAGCCUAAAGACGAGGACACCAACGAGACCAAGGAGACCCAAACACGCAAGAAAGUCAAGUGUGUUGCAGUAGUAACCGAAGAUGUGCGGGAGCAACUUAUUGAAGCUUCUACGGCCACUAAGAAGGCAAUCACUGCUUACCGAAGGGAGGCGGACGCAGACGAGCAUCUGAAUGUGGUGGAGGGGCAGGCCAGCACGGGUGAAAAGAACCAGGACGACAACGAGAUGAGCGUGAUCAUAACGAUCAUGCAGCCAAUCCUGCGCCUCAUGCAGCUGCUCUGUGAAAACCACAACCGUGAACUGCAGAACUUCCUUCGCUGUCAGAACAACAAAAACAACUACAACCUGGUGUGUGAGACUCUGCAGUUCCUGGAUUGUAUAUGUGGCAGCACUACGGGAGGCCUGGGGCUGCUGGGACUCUAUAUUAACGAGAAGAACGUCGCUCUCAUAAACCAGACUGUGGAGAGCCUGACAGAAUACUGCCAGGGCCCUUGCCAUGAAAACCAGAACUGUAUUGCCACACAUGAAUGUAACGGUAUCGACAUCAUCAUCGCUCUCAUCCUCAAUGACAUCAACCCUCUCGGCAAGAAGAGGAUGGACUUGGUGCUGGAGCUCAAGAAUAAUGCUUCAAAACUGCUACUGGCCAUCAUGGAAAGCCGACAUGACAGCGAGAACGCAGAGAGGAUUUUGUAUAACAUGAGGCCUAAAGAACUGGUGGAGGUGAUCAAAAAGGCCUACAUGCAGGGAGAAAUUGAGGUAGAACACAACGAUGAUGAUGACCAGGGUGAGGAAGAGCAUGCCGCUUCUCCUCGAAAUGUGGGUCACAACAUCUACAUCCUGGCCCAUCAGCUAGCCAGACACAACAAGGAACUCCAGGCCAUGCUGAAGCCAGGAGGGACGUACGGGGAGGGAGAUGAAGCUUUGGAGUACUAUGCCAAACACACAGCGCAAAUUGAGAUCGUCCGUCUGGAUCGCACAAUGGAGCAGAUUGUAUUUCCCGUCCCCAACAUAUGCGAAUUCCUAACCCAGGAGUCCAAGCUCCGCGUCUAUUACACCACGGAGCGUGACGAGCAGGGCAGCAAGAUCAACGACUUCUUCUUGCGCUCCGAAGACCUCUUCAAUGAGAUGAACUGGCAGAAGAAGCUGCGAGGUACUCAAGAGGCCACUGGUAACGCAAACUCCGUGCCUUCUCAGCCUAUCCUGUACUGGUGUUCCCGUAACAUGUCCUUUUGGAGCAGCAUCUCCUUUAAUCUCGCUGUCCUCAUGAACCUGUUGGUAGCAUUCUUCUAUCCACUGGAAGGAGUACGUGGAGGCACCCUGGAGCCACACCUCUCUGCUCUGCUGUGGGCGGCAAUGUUGGUUUCACUGGCCAUAGUUAUUGUUCUGCCCCAGCCUCACGGGAUUCGGGCACUCAUCGCUUCCACCAUAUUACGCCUCAUCUUUUCGGUCGGCCUGGAGCCCACCCUGUUCCUUCUCGGGGCCUUUAACGUGGGCAAUAAAGUGAUUUUUCUAAUGAGUUUUGUGGGAAAUCGCGGUACGUUCACAAGAGGAUACAAGGCCAUGAUCAUGGACGUGGAGUUCCUGUAUCAUCUGCUGUACCUCAUUAUAUGCAGCCUUGGAGUUUUUGUUCAUGUGUUCUUCUACAGCUUGCUUCUCUUUGACCUGAUCUACCGAGAGGAGACGCUGUUAAACGUCAUCAAGAGCGUAACCAGGAAUGGCCGCUCGAUCGUUUUGACCGCUGUCCUGGCUCUCAUCCUGGUCUACCUCUUCUCAAUCGUUGGAUACAUCAUCUUUAAGGAUGACUUCAUCCUGACCGUGGACAGGAUAUCCAAUAAAACUCUUGAGCAAUCCGCUAGUAAGAUGGGAGAUUUCCUGGCAGGCGCAGUUUGUCGGAAAGAGGAGAACUGUUCUACAGAGACCAUGAUGGAUGCUGUGGGAGUGCAGCCGGCUGCUGUCGUGAUUGAGGAUAAGGAGAGGACGUGCGACUCACUGCUCAUGUGUAUCGUCACCGUGUUGAGCCACGGCCUGCGGAGUGGCGGUGGGGUCGGAGAUGUUCUGCGGAAACCUUCUAAAGAGGAGCCUCUGUUUGCAGCUCGUGUGAUCUAUGACCUCCUCUUCUUCUUUAUGGUCAUCAUUAUCGUUCUCAACCUCAUUUUUGGGGUCAUCAUUGACACUUUUGCUGACCUCAGAAGUGAAAAGCAGAAGAAAGAGGAGGUUCUGAAAACGACUUGCUUUAUUUGUGGUUUGGAGAGGGACAAGUUUGAUAACAAAACAGUGACGUUUGAGGAGCACAUUAAGGUUGAGCACAACAUGUGGCAUUAUCUCUUCUUCAUCGUGCUUGUGAAAGUGAAAGACUCCACGGAGUUCACAGGGCCUGAGAGCUAUGUGGCCGAAAUGAUCCGGAUUUCAAGAGCAGACUCUGCGGUGCAGUGUUUGCUGCAAUACAGGACUGAUUAGAGAUAACGACGUGUGCCUCUGUGAUGACGAUGACGAAACCGGCUGACAGCUGGGCUCCAUGCACAGACGACAAUGUUUGUGGGCGGAGGUAAACACAAACCUCAACAUCUGUGGCAGCAGGAAGUGAGUGCACACGCACUCCUCUCUUGUUCUCAGAAUGAGUGAGAGCAUUACCUGUGAUUUUCCCCUGCGCCUGAGUGGAACUGUCUGUCUGAAGUGUGUGCGCACGACCCGUCUGAGAUUUCAGAGGCAAAGGGGACUUCUCUGCUCUCUACACCUGCAGCCUAAACGACCUCGUCUCUCUUUCUGUCUCACACGCGCAUGCAUACAAGUGUGAAGCUGAUAAAAUUAUAUAUGCAUGAAGUUUUUUCCCCCCCAACGCUUUAGGUUAAAGUUUAUAUAAAUAUUUAAGGUAAAGUGUUUAUUUUUAGAUGUUAUGACUAAUCACCGUUUUCUAUGGAAUCCGGCUUCUGCCUCAGUAAAAAUAAAAUGUGUGACUUAAAUUUUGUCUCACAUCUUUAUUCUGAAGCAGAAACAAGCUUUUUUUUGUAUAAAACAACUUUCUCCUAAUAUGGAUAGACAAAUAUAAGUGAGCUGUUUGUGACUUCCCAAAAUGUAUAAAACUUGCUCUGUUUGCUUUGUUUAUUCGAGUGGCCGAGCAUUUCAUUUAGUGGCUUAACCAAUGAGGCGCGACUAUCUGUUUAAUCGACCACUGGGGGAAACUGGGGAAACCUGCUUAAAAACAAAUUAAGGUUUCAUGCUAGAAACCAGCAACAAAAAUAGCUCAACGUUCCAAAAAACUAAACUUUUUCCUUUUUUUUUCCAAUUUAAAUUCAGUGUCAGAGUCUUUUUUUGGCAUCGCUAUAUCAAGAAAAAAGCUUAAAUAUUCCCUAAAAGUUUGCUUAAACUGCUAUGUUUUCAUAAUCACGUUUAAUUGUAAUUUUCCGAAAAAAAGGUUAUUUGUAGAUAAUGUUUUUUCUUUUUACCAAAUAUUUUUUGAAAGUCUGAAAGUCUCAUUAAAUAAUUUAUUUAAAUUAUAAAAAAAAAUAAAAAAAAUAUAACUGAGCCAUUUAUUGGUUGACUUUCCUGUAUAAAACUUCUUUGUUGCUUUCAGAAACAUCGCUUUGUUUAUUUGAGUGGCCCAAAAUGUCAUUUUAUGGCUUAACCAAUGCUGUUACUUUGAGGCGGGGCUAUCUGUUUAAUUGACCAAUGGCAGACGAGGGGAGUAUUCAGGAAACCUACAUGAAAACAGUCAUCACUAGAGGCACUUUAAAUAGUCCCACGGUGUGCUAAAACAUUCCAAGUAUUCCAUGCAGUCUCUCUAGUAAUAACUUCAUGCACAGUUGUUAUAAAUAGAAAGAAUGCUUUUUAAAAUAGUUUUAGAUGUUGUGCAGCAUGUCACGGCAGUUAUGUCAUGUUAAUUGCUGGAGGAACUCGCUGACUUUAUAGAACAUGUUCGCUGCAUUCACAAAGCUCUCGAGCCUGAACUUGUCUGUCUGCAGGCCGAGUUCAUUUUAAAAACACUGAUGUUUUUGUGUAUUUAUGUGCAAGCAGUCCAGCUUUGGGGAGAAAAGGAAAUGCAUGACUAGAGAAUGAAGUGUCCUUUGGCCGUUCUCCCUCCAGUGUUCUGUAAUGUGACUAUCACUUUUUCCCUGCUUCUGUUAGAAUCCCUCUCAUCCUUAUUAGGAGCUGCAUCUGACCUCUCCCACCAGCCAGAAGUCAGACAUUCCGCAAUCGCAUUUGGCUCGGGUCCGAGCUCGUACUCCCGCUGCUGUCUAUGAUCGCUUGUUGUACUAUAAACCAUUUUGAGAUAUUGCAACAAAAGGACAUGGAUUUCUCAUUAAGAACUGUUUGUACUGGUCACAGCCCAUUAAAAUCACUGAGGAAAAAAGUAAAAAAUACACUUUGUACAUUUUCUUGCCUGUGCAAAACUCACAGCCAUGCUACAGUAAGUUGUUCUGGGUGCUUGCCAGAAUGUUGCUAUGCAAUUGCUAAGGUAUUAUAAACGGUUUUUAGUGUGUUAUUGUGUAAUUGUUGGGGUGUCUGGGUGGUAUCUAGGGAGUUGCUAUGCAUUUGCUAAGAUGUUCUAAAUAGUUGAUAAAACAUACUUGGAAUGUGCUAAUGCAUGCUAGAAACAUGCUAGCAAUGUGCUAAAUCAUACUUGCAACAUGCUAGAACAUGCCAGCAAUGUGUUAAAACAUGCUAGCAACAUGUUAAAACAUGCUAGAAAUGUGUUAAAUCAUGCUAGCAAAAUGCUAAAACAGACAAGCAAUGUGCUAAUUCAUGUUAGAAACAUAACAUGCUAAGUUAUGCGAGAAACAUGCUAGCAAUGUGUUAAAUCAUGUUAAAACAUGUUAGCAUUGUGCUAAUUCAUGUUAGCUUCAUGUUAAAAUGCUAACAAAGUGUUAAAUAAUGUUAGAAACAUGCUAGCAACAAUCUAAAACAUGUUAGCAACAUGUUCUCUAUCUAUCAAUAUUUCUAGCUUCUAAAACUACUAAACUAAGACUUUUAGUUUUAGCUUUUUAAACUACUUCAAACUUUCUGGCUAGGCUUUCUCAAGCCAACACAAAAUUUGUCUUGAUGAACUUUUUUAAUCUAGUUAAUGUGGUGUUAUGCAGUUGUUUGCCAUAGAAGAGCAAUACUAAUACAGUUUAUUAUAUUAUAUUAUAUAUUUAUAUAUUAUGAAAUAAAUUAUUUGAAGACCAUAUUAGUUUAAGGUAAAUUUUCAUAUAUUUUUCACAUUUUUUUAAACACUUUUAAGAAUAGUAUUUUAGUCUGUGGCAUGUGGCAUAUUUCCACAUAUCCCCAUACUGUAUUCUUUUCAUGCCAUCUAUGAGGUUGUUUUUGGCUGUUUUCUCUAUCUGAGGUCAUUGUUAUGCUAGAAAACAAAUAGCAUUACCUCAAGUCCACUCCUGCUUUCAUCUUGCAAUUGGACACUGAUUUUAGAGUUUUGCUUUAUUAAAUUAGUGUGUGCAAUGUAAAAUAUUUCAUUAAAGAGGAUAGUAGUUUCCCCCUUGUUAAAUAAUUGUAGGCCACUUAGGGAGGUUUUGAAGCACUUAUCUGAGGGUGAAGCUGUCCUCAUGCUCAUGUGACUUUGAUACUGUGUUUCCUUUGCUGUAAUCAUAUUACACAUAGGGAAUUUUGUCUGAUGUAAGCACACACUUUCUUAUAAACGGAUAGACAAGGAGGGAAUGUGAGGUGGAGGAGGAUGACAUGAUUUCAAGGACCCCAUUAGUCAGGGUCUGAUUUCAAAUGGUUUGCUCCAUGUGGAUGGUGGGAAAUCUAAGGGCUGGGGUUUAAAAAAAAAAUGGUUUGGAAAAGAAUCUGAGUAAUUAAUUAAAUCAUACAACAGACACUGAAUAAUGCUUCAAUUGUUAGUUCAGUAGUUCAUAUACAGUGACCCCAACAAAUCAGACUUGCAUUCAAUAACAAAAUAUCAAAUAAGAAAAUUGUGCAGUGUUUUUCAGUGGAUGAAUGAAGUCAUUGUCCCUCAAAUUCACACAGGUGUCCUAGCAGAGUAACUGCAGUUGGAGGUCAUCAUAUGAAUAUGAACAUGCUGUAUGAUUUUUAUCAACUAACUAGAAAGUAUCACAAUACUUUUUUUUUUUUUUGGUCAUAUUAUUCAACAAAAUACUGACUGAAUUAUUAAUUUAAAAAGCCUAACAAACUUUCCAAAUACUUUACAUUUGUACAUUUUAAAGAUACACUACUGUUCAAAAGUUUGGCGUUGGUAAGAUUUCUUAAAGGGGACCUAUUACGCAAAAUUCACUUUUAUAAGGUGUUUGAACACAGAUGUGUGUAAACAACCGGCCUAUAAUGGUAAAUAUCCACUCUCUCCUUUUUUUAUAAUCCCCAUAAAUCAUAAACAGCGUCUCCAAACAAGCGGUUCCAGAUUCAUGAAGCCCCGCCCAUGACUGGCAAGGGAAUUAGCUUAGCUCCUCCCCUGAGUGAGCUGUACACAGUUUGGCAUGUUUAUCUCCUCGCCAGAUCAUUUAAUAGCAGCAUUCAAGUAAGAGAUGUAUUCUUAAAGUUAAUCAAGAGCAGUGAAUUUAUUUAUUUAUUUAUUUUUUUUGGUUCAUAUUAACAGCAUCCAGCAGUAUACUGUAAUUACGCUGCUGUCACUUUAAUACACAGAUCUAAUAUACACAUGUGAUUUCUUUCCCUGCUGUUUACGUUCACAGACAUAACCAACUGUGUUUUUGUGAACUUUGUGUAUUUGACAGUUUAAGUGCAAUAAGAUGGGAAAGAGAACUUAGUGCAAUACUCACGGGAUGCGCCGUCUAACAGCCAGAAAACCAUAUAUCAGAAGUUUAAACUGUUAAGACUUUUAAAAUGAUGGUGAUGAAGAACUGCAAUGUCAUGUGAGUGUGACCGCAAUAGAGAUGAUAAUCAAAACCAAACAGAUGUUUUGUUAGUUUUUGUCAAAGUAUCUGUGGCAUGAGUUUUAAAGGCUCCGCCCUCUUCUGGAAAGCAGGGUGGGGAGCAGCAGCUCAUUUGCAUUUAAAGAUACAUGCACGAAAACGGCGUGUUUUUCCUUCCACUCAAAAAGGGGCAUU